AUGAGGAACUAUAUAAAAGAAAUGGCCCCGAGUUCCCGGCGCCCCUUUAAUGGGGCAGGGGUGCGAAGAAUCUCCGGGAGGAAAACCGGCGACGAGGUUCGCCACCCGUCACGUUCUGUCUCCCGGAGAGGCGAAAAGUGGAUUGCAGAGGCCCGUCUGGCUACGUUGAAUGUAUGUGGGGCAAUGAAUGAUAAAAUGGAUGAAGUGUGCGAUAUGAUGUAUGAUAGAGGAAUAGAUGUGUUAUGUGUAAAUGAGACGAAAAGGAAGGGGAAGGAUGUCACUACACAUGGCAUGUAUACCGCAUACUGGUCUGGUGUAGACGAGAUCGAGCGGGCAUGCCAGGGGGUAGGUAUCAUCCUUUCAGAAAGAAUGGGCCAAUGUGUGAAAGAGUAUGAAUGUGUAAGCCCAAGACUGCUAUGGAUACGAAUGAAAGUGGGCUUAAAGAAGUUGUUUGUGUUAGGGGUCUACGCCCCAGACAUGUCUAAGCCCACUUAUAUCCGAGAGCAGUUUUGGGAAAUGGUAAGGAUGGUGUUAAUGAAGUGUAAGGGAAAUGAAAAUAUUAUUAUGCUAGGAGAUUUUAAUGGAAGGGUUGGGGUGAGGAGGCUUGGUUAUGAAAGGGUAUUGGGAACGUUUGGUGAUGAAAGUAUAAAUGAGAAUGGUGAAAGUCUCCUCACCGUAUGUAUGGAAAAGAAUCUUUUUGUGACGAACACUUGCUUUCGCCACAAGAGGAUUCACAUGUAUACUUGGGAAAGAGGUGACGAUAGAAGCAUGAUAGAUUUCAUAAUUGUGGAUGAAAGAUUGAGGGGCGCAGUGGUAGAUACAAGGGUUUACCGGGGUUCUAACGUAGGAACGGAUCAUUAUUUGGUUUUAUGCCGAAUUAAUGGUCUAUUCAGGCGUUGGCGCCAUCGAUCAUCUGUAUCUACCACUGCGUUACAGCGUAUUAGAACAGAAAGGUUACAAGAUGAAGGUGAGAGAAACAAGUUCAAAUGUAGACUGAAAGAAAAUAUAAGUGGUUUGGAUGAAUUAUGUAUGAAGGAGUUAGACUUGGAGAAUGUAUGGCAAAAUGUAAAGAAAGGUUUAGUGGAUGCAGCUACCGAAGUAUGUGGUGUUAGUAAGAGAAAGAAUGAAAAGAAAAAUAAUACGUUAUGGUGGGAUGAUGAGAUACGUAUGGAAGUUGAAGCAAAGAAGAGAGCAUGGCUAGAUUUACUAGCAACAAAGGCUGAGAGUAAAAGAAGUAGUUGA